AUGCCUCGUUCCGUAAAGCACGGCGGUAAAAAGGGUCUUCAUGUAAGCAAUAAUAAGAAGAAUGCAUCAAACGCUAGAAAGAAAGCGCAGAAGAAGAAAACACUUGCUACAAAAUGCGCAAGCAAAGAGAUUCUGAGUGAAUGGAUCGAAGGUAAAACACUGAAACAAAAUCUUGAAUCAAUGGGUCUUGUAUAUGACGCGAAUAAAGCCAUUCCGAUUCGUCAGCAAAUCAGCAAUACAGCUGAUGAUGAAGUAGAAGAAAUGGACGUUGAAGAAGUGAAUGCUCGAGGAAGUAUCAAAGAACAAAAAGAAAAACUUCAUUCAAAAAAAUCCAGCAGCGAUCCAAAUGUUGAUCGUGCGAAGGCAGCGCGUGUGAUACGUGCGCUGGAAAGGGAAGUGAAACGAGAGGAGAAACAAAUAAAGAAAGGGCGAACUUACAGACUGCUAGAAAAAGAUAUUGAGUUUUGUGUUUACAUGAUACAAAAACAUGGAGAGGAUUAUGAGAAAAUGGCACGUGAUGCGAAGAAUUUGUAUCAAGAUACACCAAAACAGAUUCAACGUAAAAUUCGCAUAUUCAAACAAAGUCCCGAAUGCAGUCGAUUAUUACCAGGAUCAUCUAGUACUGCGUCGUGA